CUUCCUUGCCACCUUCGUCAGUCCUAAGCUCACCCUCACCACAACAACAGCCCCUCUUCCUCCAGGCAACCGGUUAAGAUGCAGCCUUUAGGUGCGUGUGUGAUGCUGUUGGUUGUGGUGGCUGUGGUGGUUGUGGUGGCUGACCCAAGAUACCCUCAACCAGCCCCCUGUUACCCUAAGAUCGAGCACGUUACCCAUUACCAGACACAGAUCGAGCAGGUACCAGUGUACACAACUGUCUACAAGCAGAAGAUCAUCCCCACCACCCUCUACAAGACCCAGUACAAAACCCAGUACCAGACGGAGUACCAGACCCAGUACGUUCCUAAAUAUAUCACUGAUACUGUCUACAAGAACCAAAUCCAGUACGAGACCCAGUACCAGACCGCAUACAAGACCCAGUACCGCACUCAGUAUGUGACCAAGACCCAGUAUGUGCCAGAAUACAUCACAGAGACCCAAUACCAGACACAGUACCACACCCAGACUAAGUACCAGACCGUGUACAAGACCGAAUACGAGCCCCAGUACAUAACGACGACCAAGGUACGGUACCACACCCAAUACGACACAAAGCUGAUCCCUGAAUACCACACCGUCACCUCAACUCAGUACUCCUACAAGACCGUUUGUCCCAAGCCUUCCUAUGGCUACGGCUACGGCUAUGACUACUAAACAUCCGGCACACCUACAAGGCCCUCUUAGAGCUCCAAACCUGCCUACAACCACGGCUACUGAACAUCCAACAUCCACAUUAUGAUUCUGGGCUACAUGAAAAAAAUAAAAU